CGGAUAUAAAUAAGCCGAAGAAGCAUCCAUAACUUCAUCGCGGGUCCUUAUAUAAAUCUUAUAUCUAUCUUCCCUACUACCUUCUUUCUUGCCAGUUAUAACUCUCUACUUGUUUGAAAAUGGCGGAGGGAAGAAAGGUCAUUGGUUGGGCGGCCAGAGAUUCAUCUGGACAUCUUUCACCUCAUUCUUUCAAUCUCAGGAAAACAGGUGAAGAAGAUGUGGUGUUCAAGGUUUUGUAUAGUGGAGUAGACCACACUGAUCUUCAUGUGGUUAGGGGCGAGAUUCACUCCCCCAACUACCCUUUAGUCCCAGGGCAUGAAGUUGUGGGAGAAGUUGUAGAAUUAGGCAAGGAAGUAAAGAAAUUCAAAGUUGGAGACAUAGUAGGAGUUGGGUGCAUAAUUUGGUCUUGUGGGGAAUGCUUGUCCUGCAAGUCCAAGAUGGAGCAGUAUUGCCAUGAAAGGAUCCUAACUUAUAAUGCUAUAGACAAAGAUGGGAGAAUUACUCAGGGAGGCUUCUCUUCUGCAAUGGUUGUCAAUCAGAGGUUUGUGGUUAGGAUUCCAGACAAGCUUGCACCAGAGCAAGCAGCCCCACUAUUGUGUGCUGGGGUGACAGCUUAUAGUCCCUUAAAACAGUUCUAUCUAUCUAAUAAGGCCCUUAAGGCAGGCAUUUUGGGUUUAGGUGGAGUUGGUCACUUAGGUGUGAUUAUUGCAAAGGCAAUGGGGCAUCAUGUGACUGUGAUAAGCUCUUCAGACAAGAAAAGAGAGGAAGCUUUGGAGCAUUUAGGUGCUGAUGCUUUCUUGGUCAGCUCCAAUGCAGAUGAGAUGGAGAAGGCUGCAAACAGUCUUGAUUACAUUCUUGACACUGUGCCUGCUGGGCAUCCUUUGGACUCCUAUCUAUCACUUCUUAAAGUUGAUGGAAAAGUUAUAAUAGUUGGGGCUGCUCCAACACCACUACAGUUUAUUGCUAGCGAUUUAAUUACAGGGAAGAGAAACAUAUGCGGGAGCUUCGUUGGAAGCAUUGAAGAUACACAGGAAAUUCUAGAAUUUUGGGCAGAAAAAGGUUUGACAUCAAUGAUUGAGAUAGUAAAGAUAGAUUAUGUGAAUGAGGCAUUCAAAAGAAUGGAAAGGAAUGAUGUGAGGUAUAGGUUUGUGCUUGAUGUGGCUGGAAGCAAUCAUGGAUGAAACAGAUCAGUCAUCCUCUUAUUGCUCCUUGUGCUUCAAAAUAAAGGCUUAUUUCUCUUAGAAUCCAUCCGAUUACUGUAUCAAACUUCUUUGCUUUCCCCCUUCUCAUCACUGAGUAAAUAAAUCAACUACUCAGAGUCAGCAAAUAAAACAGUGCUAUCUUACCUGUUGAUGCAAA